UGCUCGCGUGGACCGUAACAGUAGCCUGCGUCCUCCGGCGUCCUGUUAACGGACUUUAUGGAUCUAUAACAUCAACCUUUUUUUUUCACGAGCCGAUAAGGGGAAGUACUCCGAGGAUUUAUAACACGAGAAGACUCGCUCAAGAGGAGUGAGCUGGACCAGGCAAUCCCCCCUGAACGCGGGGAACUGGAUUAAGCUUCUUCAUGCAACUUUUUUGGAACGAAACCAAGAGCAUCUCACCGGGGAAUAACAAAAACAUUAACCACGAACCUUUUCCUUAGUAAGGUUAACAUGUGCGCUGCCGUUGCAGGUGACACCGGUCACUCUCUGGUAACUGCAGGCGUCGCGUUCUCUCUCGGCCCCUCCGGGGAGAUGUACCAAGGGUUCCCCGGCGACCCCGACAGUGGAUCCCGUGGAAGCUCGUCUCCAUCCAUAGAGUCCCAGUAUCUCUCCUCCGUGGACUCCUUUGGGAGCCCGCCCACCACUAGUGCUCCCCAGGAGUGUGUGUCAGCAGGUGCUGGCUUGAGCAUUGUGGGCAGCGGGCCAGGGACCAGUCUUGGAGGUGAGAUGCCCGGUUCAUUUGUGCCCACCGUCACCGCCAUAACCACCAGUCAGGACCUGCAGUGGAUGGUUCAGCCAACCCUCGUUUGCUCCCAGGCUUCUGGACAGAGUGGCUCCACUGGCACCACCACCAUGACCCAGUCCGUAUCACUGCUUGACCCUUAUGAUAUGCCAGGACCUAGUUAUUCCUCAGUGUCUGGUUUCACCCCUCCAAGCUCUGAAACCCCAGGGCCAGCACCCGGCCCCAUCCGCCAGUCCAGACCCCGCAGCCGCCGUACUAGGGACGAGUCUGUGAGUGACGAUGGAGAUGUUGGUGUGUUACUAACACCCGAAGAGGAAGAAAAGAGACGUGUUCGUCGAGAGAGAAACAAGCUGGCUGCUGCCAAAUGCAGAAACCGUCGACGGGAACUAACAGACAGAUUACAGUCGGAGACGGACAUACUGGAGGAGGAGAAGGCAGAGCUGGAGGCUGAGAUCUCGGAGUUGCAAAAGGAAAAAGAGCGCCUGGAGUUUGUCCUAGUGGCCCACCAGCCAAAUUGUAAGAUCCCCUACCAGGAUCCGGCCCAGCAGAGCUCAGCGCAGCUCCCACCAGUGCAGACCCAGCUCCCUCCCCAGACCUUACAGCCUCCCGUCUCCAUUGUGGGCUUGAGCGUGAAGGAAGACUCUUUCUAUCUGCCUCCUGCCUACACAGCCCAUCCGUCCUCCACACAGCCCCAGCCGCCGGGUCAGCCGCAGCAAGUCCAGCAGCAGCCUCCACCAGGAAUAAUGCAGGAGGUAGAGUUUUCUAGUUCUUUCUAUGGCUCAAGUGAGCCAGCACCUGGUGGGCCAUGCCUUGUGGCCAGUGACAGUGGUGGUGGUGUUAACCAUGACGGUGCGGCUAUUGGCAGCUACAACACCUCAUACACAUCUUCAUUUGUGUUCACCUACCCAGAGGGAGCCUGCGGGGUCAGUGCCAACCAGCGGAACAGCAGUAGCGAGCAGUCAUCUGAUUCCCUGAACUCGCCUUCGCUGCUAGCGCUUUGAUUGACCGACAGACACAUACAUGCGCAUAUUAACACGCACACAUGGUGCUAGCUGGAAGUAGAGGCUGAGACAAGUACAUGCACCGUACCAAUCAGUCUACCAAAUUAAAAAAGAAGAACAAAAAAUAAUUUGGGUCCCAGUUUCCACCUUCUGAAAAGCAUUCCAAUAAAGAGCCAUACAAAUAAUUACAGAUUAGAUCAAACCUUUAAGAUUGAGCUAAAAUUAUGACUAAAUACUUAUUUUUUUAUCAAGGAGCAUACUUGCAACAGAGCAUGAAUAUUGGAUAAAACUGACUUAGAAAUGUCCAUGUUGCCAGGCCUAAAUGCUCUGAAUUAUUAGAUUAAUUCACAAUGAAUUCUUUUAUUCCAAUACUCUCAUUGAGUAAAAAAACAACGUGAUCGUGCUACACCCCAACAAGCACCAGUGCCCCGACCUUGUUCCCUCUGUCGGUUGCCCUUCUGCUAGUGCUCUUCCGCUCAUCUUUUCCAUCCUUUUUCUCCCUGUUCCACUUGUUGAAUGUAUUUGUGCAAGUCUGAAACAUGGAUGGACAAUUUGUUCAGGGUUUUUUCUUGUGGAAGACAGACUGCUGAUCUCUCGCUUACCUCUAACUCUUCAUCUGCUCGGCUUACCUAUGCUGCUUCAUUUGCUGCUUGGACUUGGCAAGUUGGGAUCUGAAUGUCACAGCGUCCUUUAAAGCUUGUGCUUUCUUCUCUAAUUUAAAAAAAGAAAUCUUCUGCCAUCUGCCUACCUGCCAUGCAACCCAUCUCUACCCAUCUCUGUUUUCUCCUCUCCUGUCCCUAUGUUUUUCCACCUCUUUGAAGUCUUCGACCCCCGAGAGCCCGAUGACGCCCGAGAGCCCUUGGGACCUUGAGUGAAAGGCGACGCAACUAACAUGCGCUUUUGCACCCAGUCAUUCAAGGAUAUGGAUACGACCCACCCAAACAGAAGCAUCUUUUUCUUGGAGCUCAUUGCUCACAGUGAACAGCAGCAGCAUACUUUUAACACGCACAUAGACGCAUAACUGACAAGUACACAAUCCAGGAUGGAUGCCACUGUCUUCUGCUGAGCCAUUUUUCAUGUUCACACAAUGAAGAUUAAACACAUCUGUUGUGAGGCUGGAGAGAAAUAAAGUAGAAUCUGAGGAAGGAGGUGCAGGCAACAAGGACAGCCUCUAUGGGAGUCCAGGUAGAGGAUGGAUUCUUCCAAAUGUCAACCACAAAGCAAAAAAGACAAAAGCACGUCUGCUCUUGGCAUCAGUGUGGAAUGGUGACCUCAGAAAAACAGCUCCGUAUCAGUAUGCCGUGAUACCCAGGGCCUACAUGCAUAUAUUCCCACCAUCGCUUACAAGUCUCUGAACUGAAGCUAAAGAUGUUUUGCUGCAGUGCACCAGCUCAGAGUUUUGGUCAGAUGUGAACCAAUGCUUUUAUUUUAAGGAGAGCUGUUCAUUUUUAUUUUAUUUUUUCAAAAUAUAGUGAUUCAGACAACCUCUAAACAUUGGGCUCAGUGGCCUCUCUGCCCCUCCGUUCUCUGAAUGGAGAUGAGGUGGGGGAGCGUUUAUUGUGAGUGUGUCCACUCUGAGGCACCUGGCCCAUUUAUUUCUUUCUUUAUGGAGGUUGAUGUGGCAAGUGAGCACAAAAAAAGACCUGGAAACAAAAUGGGAAGAACGUGCAGGCUGAUGUUGUGGAGUGAGCGUCUUUUUCUUUGCCUGUGAAUUUGUAAAACUUGUUUUUUCUGGAUGUUUCGAGUGAGAACUGUUAUAUAUUUUAUUGUUUGUUUGUUUGUGUGAGUCACUGUUUUGCAUUGACCUUGCUGCUUUCUCUUGUACCGUUGCCAUUUCUUGUUUUUAAUUUUUGUUUUGUUGUUUUAUUCAACAUAUUUCCUAAUAACUGUUACUAUUAUUAUUGCUUUGUAACUAUUGUUUCAUUAUUUUAUUGUAUUUUCAUUUGGCAACUUUGGAGGCAUGCUGUGCACUACAAAAAAAGUUCUAAUUAUACAUCAAUAUACAUAUACAUUUAAAAAGAUAACAUGUAUAUGUAUAAGUGUAUGAACCAUGAUUGUAAAGAAUGAAUGUUUGCAAAUAUUAAUGGGAUAUUUUUGUUAAUGAAGAACAAGGUAAAAGGAAUUUUUUUUCUUAAGAAGCCAAAAGAAAGAAAAACAUUUAUAAUGAAUUUAGAGUACUGCCCUGUCCCUGGACACAAUGCACGAUGUCACUGCCUCUUUCUGUGUAUAUUUAUGUUUUAUAAACAAUAUAAAGCACUAUCCAACUUACAUGUAAUGUAUGUUAUAAUGAUAAUGUUAUAAGGUUGUGGUAACGCCUUUGUUUCUCAGUGAGGUCUGUCCCAAAGCUACUGACACCUUAAUGCCACUUUAUAAAUUGAGUGUAAAGUGAGGAAAAAGACUAAUGAUUGAAUGUUAAUAGACAUAUUAAAUGUGUUCAGACAACAACAUAUUGAUUAAUUUGUUUCAUUUUAAACAUCAAAAUUUUAAUGCAGUAUGCAUUUCUGUCCAGUAUAAACAUGUCAUUUAACAUAUUUACGGAAAUGUUUGUUUGAAGGAGAACCAGAUUUAGGUUUGACUAAUGAACAUUAUAGUGCCAAAGUUCAUUUUGUUUUUGUACCCAAGAAAAGAUGUCUGAGAUUUUAAAAGAGAUUUAUGAAUGUAUUUCCUGAAUAAGAUAUAUUAAAUAAAUAUUUUCAUUAAAUAAACAUGUUAAUCCAAACAAUGACCAGAUUAAUGCCACGAAUGUUUGUUCCAAUGUGGCUCUUGGUGGUCAGAAUAUGGGCAGACCUCGUUUCAUAUGUUGAAUAAGGACUGUGUUUUUACAGAUGUCGAGUUGCCUUUUGACUUCCUCCAAAUACAAAUGUGAUUAAAAAAAAAUGUUUUGGUGUCGGAAUAAGCAUAAAACAUAUUCAAUAGUUCUCAUGUAUAUACGUCUUUGUGGUGCUACUUAUAUUGGACUAUAAUGAUAAGACAGUAACCUACUGAAAGUGAAACGUUAUACGUUAGUAGUGAGCCUGCAGGUGACUAAAAAACGCUGCUUGACUCCAAUUGGAAAACAACCAUGGUUUCCUGACAGCAGAAGCUCUGAGAGCCCAGUAAUCGCCCUGUGAAUUCACUCUGGUUGAUAUCAACUGCUUGCCAUAUUUGUACAAGUGUGAUUUAUGAGUGCCCCUGUACUGUUCUGCACUCCACAGUACGUCCCCAGUCACCUCCAACUGUUUUAUCUGAUUUCUUUCUUCAAAUUGUUCAAAUUUGUUUUUGAGAUCUGUGAGAUUACAAUCGCAAUUGGCCUGCUACUGAAUUGAAUGAAUUGUGACAUAGAGAGAAAAAAACGGAAACAAAACAAAAACCAACAGAAAAAUAUGCAGCAAAUAGUCGUAAGAGAAAGAACCUGCCUGUAUCUACUUGUACUGUAUGAACUACAUAAAAUGAACAAGAGCUUUCCUAUUUUUCUAUGAUGAGGUGAAUGUCUCUAUAUGUUUAUAUUUUUCCACUAUUCCCAUGUGUGCUCUGACUUCAUAGUAUCCCAGAUAUGAAAUGCAAUACUUAACAAUCCUCUUGGAUGAACAUAAUGUAGCAUAUCUUGCAGUAAUCAGACUGUCUGCUACUAUACGUCAGGUGUGAUGAUGUAUUGCUUUACUUAUUGACAUGUGUUACAGUAUUAUCAAAGUUAUUCUAAAUAUACAAAGUAUCAUUUAUUUUUAGACAAUCUUCAUGAAAUAAUAUCUGAAAAUAUAUGUUAUGCAUUUAUUGAUGAUCCAUACAGACUGGCAGGACUCCAACAUUUCUGAAUGAUUUUGAUAAACUUCAUUCCUUUUUUUUAAAUCGAAGUUUCUUUUUGGACUUUCCCUUUUUUUGUACAAUUUACUCUAUAAUCCUUUAUCCUGCGAGUAAUGGUUUCCAUACCCACAUGCUGAAUAUUUCAGAAAUAUGAUCAAGUGAAAUAUUUCAGAAAUACAAAAGUGGAAUUAAUAAAUCAACUAUGUCAUGUAAGGCACAUGGUAAACACACAACUUACUCAUGUGGGUUACAUUAUAUCCAAUAUACUUUCCCAAGUAUAUGAUAUAACUUACUGAUUUUCAGCUCAUCACUGUUGCCUUAUGUGACAACCUCAUUCUAAAUUGUUUUAUUCCUUGAAGAGGACCAAAAAAUGUGACAUAUUUCUUGCCUUCGCAGCCCUGCUCUCCAACCCUUUGUUCACAUAUCAGCCUCUGUCACGUUUAGCCAUCUUUAAAAGUUUACAUUAUGAGGUUUUGUGUCAACUGCAAAAUAUGGGUAAGCUGUCUCUUUUAACGAUGGUUUGGAUAAAUGCCAUUCAUUUUAGAUUUUGAAGAGUAAUGAAAAUAA